UUUCAUACACUCAGCUGAUCCUCUCGGAGUACAUAUAGAGAAUGUGGUCAUGGAUAGUUCAAGAGCUUAUAUGCUUGUUGAAGGAUUCUUUUGUAUCUGAAAUUACCCUGAAGCAAACACUACAAAUCUUAUUUAUAUGAAUAAUGUUACUCUCGAAAUGUCCUCUGAUAACUUUCCUUAUGGACGUAUUAUCGGGUCAGCGUUUCCAGGAAAUCACACAAUUUCAAAUAUAAACUGAACAUACUUUGCUUCUGGAAACAUGAGAGAGUUUGCUUGUUCGUCCUAUAUCCUGUUUCCGAACUGAAUCCCAGAAGAUGAUCUCCAGAUACUGUUUCAGUAUAGUAAUAUGUCGUUUGAUGGCAGAUUUGCCAGUGGAAGAGGUGAUUUCUCUUUCCCAGCUUACUCGCAAUCUGACCUUGUGCAUUACAGGAAGUAUGAGUACCGAUUUACCAAUUUCACUUUUACGAACUACGACCAUAAAUCACACUAUGGACUUCAGCUACAGCUUGGGCUUGGCUCCGAGAUUAAUAUUUUGACCAAUUAUUAUUUUAAAAAUAUCACUGACCACCUUCCGAUCCUAGAAAAUCGAAAUUUGAAAUCUUCUAUUCUGAAGAAUUUUACUUUUGCAGAUAAUCCAACUCUAUACAAUAGUAUGGUAACGAUCUAUACAAAUGGGGACUUGAGCAUCAGUGAUUUUAAUAUCCUUAACUACAAGAAUGAUGGCUCAAGUGUCCAUAAGCCAACUAUUGAUGUUAUUCCAGGACCUUAUUCUAUAGUGACCUUUAGUAACUUCUUUCUCUCCAAUGUCACUGUUGCUGAUUCAAGGAUUUUCAACUUCCAGUACGGACUGAAGUUGCUGACCUUGAACAACUUCAAUUUCAGUGAUGUACAGUUUAAUACUGGAGGAACGGUAUUUAAUUUCCAAGAGAUUGGAGCAUUCUCUAUUACAGAUUUUGCAUUUGAUAAAGUAAGACCAAUCAAUGAGCCUGACUCUGACUCUAGAAUAUUUAACAUUCGGUCACUCUCUAUUGACAAGAUGACGAUUGGUAAGAUUAGAAAUAUCUUCAUCAGAGACUCUGUGUUCACGUUGUAUGGAAUAGAGUCGAUUUUUGAAUUCACAGAUGAACUGAGAUCUUUGUUCAUAAGCAACUUCAGCUUCACAGAUAGUACUUUCCCGACAAUCAGAACUUUAAUUACUACUGAUAUUUUUGCAGGCCACACUAAUCUAGAAGUGAGUAUGGAUUCAAUGAAAUUUGAAAACCUUAAUUUUGCAUCUGGAGGGACUUUAUUGAGCCUGUACCAUCAGCUUCCUAAUACACUGAAUAUUACAAACUCCUCUUUCAAAAAUAUAUGGUCAGGUAAUAUCUACAUUGGAGGAAGUGCUAACCCUGAGAAACAAAGAACUCAAGUGCUCUUCAAAGAGUGUCAGUUUGAGGAUAUUCUUGUGCCAAAUAACAUAUUGUUUGAAAUCACUCAGACUUCUAUUGUUGAGAUACAGUAUAACUUAUUUAACAACAUCACUUGUUUAGAGGUUCUUUCAGGGAUAUUUCUGAUGAGGUCUAAAUCUCAGCUUUCUAUCAGUGAUACAAUAUUCAGUUCAAACUCAGGCAUAGACUCAGUGCUGUUUAGUAUUGAUGACUCUAAACUCUCAUGAACUAAUUGAACCGUUGCCAAUAACUUUGGACUUCAGAAUGGGCUUUUUGCGGUUGAAUCUUUUGGGACAAUUUCCUUCUUCAACAGUGAAAUUCAUGACAACUUUGGAGUCCAAAAUCUACUCGGGUCUUUAUUCUUAGGUGUCAACCCAUCUGUUUUCAGCAACUCUUCAGUCUAUGAUAAUUAUUUUAUCCCUAAAGUAGAUAUUCUAAAGGAGGUCACAGAAGGAUGCACCCAUUUGUGAUUCUUGACAUCCCAAAUGAAAGAUUAUUUAGCAGGAAAUGAUCUAUCCUUUGUUGCAGAAUCAGAGUAUCUUUUAGAGGUUGUUCAGGCUAGCGUAGAUAUCAUAGACCAAUCACAAGUGUAUCGGCAAUCUCUGUUACUCAAUUCUUUCUCUUCAACAAUCACAAUACAAAACUCAAGCAUCUCAGAUAUCUCAUUCAAAGCGAUACCUCUAAGUAUAGUGUCUUCAACUCUGAAUAUGAAUGAUUGAACUGUUGAUAAUGCUACAGAAUUGAUUACAGGCUCAAAUCUAAUUCUAGUAAACUCUGGGACAGCAAAUCUUUCAAAAGUUGAGUAUACGAACUCCAAUACUAAAUUUAUGAUUGCAUUGAACUCAGAUAUCACUCUUGAAGAUAUAGCUUUGAAAAGCAUGGCUUUUUCUAGUGAGGCCAUUUCUAUAUCAUACUGUAACUCAUUCUAUCUAAGAGAGUUUUCAUUAAAUAAUGUUUCAUUUGCAGGAAAGUACAUAAUUACUUUUAUAAAAUCUAACAAUAUUGUUGCUGAGAACAUUACAUUGACAGCUUUGACUGAAACAUUUAUGAAUUUCAAGCAAUCUAAUGUCACAAGAAUUCAUCAUUUACAAAUCACAGAAGGUAUCCAAGCUUUUAAAUUUGUGCUCACAAAUGUGCAAGCUAUAUCAGAGAGUGUAUUCAGUAAGAAUACUGGCACAGGAUCUGGAGGAACCUUUUCUAUGGAAAACAGCAAGGUAAGGAUAUAUGAUUCCACCUUUGUCAACAAUACUGCAGUCAAUGGGGGAGCAAUAGAGUUCCAUUGAACUGGAACCUCAAGCUGACUUCUUGACAUUAAUUCAUGUCACUUUGAGAAUAAUACAGCUACAGUCAUGGGUGGAGCUAUUCAUUAUGAUUAUAAUAAACCUUCUGUUAUGAAUACAAGCUUUGUAAAUAAUUCAGCUCAAUACGGAGAGAACUUUGCAAGCUAUGCAAAUAGAAUAGGGCUUGUCAACUCAAGUACGAAUGAUGACAUUAUUAACCAAGAAGGUAUCAGCUCAUUGAAAUUUUCUAUUAUCAAUGAUGUUGGCCCAGGCAUUAAAGUUGAGGAAACACUAUAUUUUGCAUUACUCGACAUGGAUGGACAAGUGAUGAACUUGGACAGUCUCAAUACAGUCAUCCUCUUUCCUAAAAAUACUUCUCUUUCAACUAUAGAUGGAGCAAAUGUUGGACUGCUUAGGAAAGGCAUUGCUAUGUUUGAUAAUAUAAUCAUGGAGAUUGAUGUAAAUCACCGAACAGCUAACUAUUCUAUCACUUCAAAAGCUAUCGAUAAGGCAAGAGUUGCCGAUGUGCUAUCAGAUAGUUUCAAGCAGGAAGACCUCAUCGUGAAUUUUAGAGACUGAAAACCAGGUGAAAGAAUCAUAAAUAAUGCAUGUAUUGAGUGAACAGCUGGCACUUAUUCGCUUUUCUGGAAUUCAACUGAAUGCCAUGACUGUUAUUUACAUGCAGAUUGUCUCGGAGGUAAUCAAGUAUCUUUAAAGCCUGGAUACUGGAGGCGUUAUCAGAACUCAACUAAAGUUGUAGAAUGUAUAUUUAGAGAUGCAUGACCUGGAGGGUACUCGAAAGAUACUAUAGUACCAACUAAUUGAGCGAGUGGUUACACUGGGAAUCUCUGAUCUGAGUGUAAGAUUACAGAGGAUUUCAAAUAUGAGAGAAUCAAUGACUUUGAGUGACAAAAAUGUCCAAACCCUAUCUUUAAUUCGAUUAAAGUUGUAGUUGUAAUGUUAGUAGUGCUCAGCUUCUUUAUUCUUAUGACUAUUAUCAACGUUAGAAAGACAACUGAGAGUCAGAUAUCAGUACUCCUAAGAAUAUUAACAAACUACUUGCAACUGAUGAUUGUGUCUACAUCAAUGAGUAACCAGUAUCCAUCAACAGUAAUCACUAUUUUCAUCCCAUUCAAAGCUUUUGGAGGAUCUACUGAUGCAUUCUUGUCAUUUGAUUGCUUCUUGGAUCAAUCUCAAUUGAAGGGCCCAUUUGGAUCAAAUUCAGUAUUUAAGCUGUUUCUUCUGAUGUUUCUACCAAUAAUACUGUUCAUUAUAGUCUCUUUGAUGUGGGUGGUCACUUACCUCAUUCGAAAGAAAUGGGCCCCAAAUAUGAAAAGAAACCUGAUCAUCACAUUCAUUACAAUUGUGUUUAUCCUUCACCCCAAGAUUGCUGAGAGGAGCAUCAAUAUUUUCAGAUGUAUUGAAAUAGAUGAGAAUACAAAGGUGGCACUCAUAGAUACGAAAAUUAUCUGAUAUUCGUAUACUCAUUUGAAGUGGUGAAUUAUUGUGGCACUACCUAUUCUCCUGAUUUGGGUCACAGCAUGUCCCCUUAUUGCACUCAUCCUCAUGUAUAAAAACAAAAAGAAAAUGGGUGACUACUUCUUGACUAUAUAUCAAGGGCUAAAGCCAAAUGUAAGAUAUUGGGAGUUUGUCAAUACUUUGAGGAAAGUACUUAUUCUAUCAUCUCUGCUGCUUACUACUACUUCUUCUGUAUUUGUAGCCUUAUCGAUCUUGAUAGUAUCAUCGAGGCUGCAAAUAUGGCUGGACCCAUACAAGAACCCUGAACACUCAAAGGCAGAGUAUAUGGCUAUGAUGGGUGGUGUUCUGACAAUCACCGCUUCUCUCUUAUAUUCUCAAAAUGAACAAGUAGCUUGGAUGAAUGUGUUCAUUCUGUAUGCAAUCUUGUUGAUAAAUCUAAAAUUUGUUCUUGACUGGUUGUAUCUAGUGCUCAAGUUGUAUCAUGCCAAGAAUUGUGCUUUUGAGAUGGCCUUCAAACUUCUUUCGAGAUGUCUGUGAAAGAAAUACGAAAUUGAAAAGAAGAAAACUAAAAAUAAAAAGAAAGUAGAGAAAUUUGCAAAGGAAACCCCUGAUAGACUUGAAGAGGUAAAGAAAGUACUAGUAUUUCCCAAGAAAAAGAAGAGAACAAAGCACAAGCGUAAUAAAAUGCUAAAAUCAGUCCAUAACUCCCCCAAUCUCAACGAAAACAUUAUGAAAGCAAGCUCUAAUCGGGACUGUGACUUAACUGACCACUCUUUCGUCAAGAAAAAGACUUCAAGAAGACAAAGGGGGCUUAAAAACCGUCUUAAUCUCUAA